AUGAUAUCAUUUUCUUUUACCUUUCUCAUAGCGUCUCUGAUUGCCGUGACGCAGGCAACGCCCUUGCGUCGACAGUCCCGACAACAACAAGGAAUCCAAUGGCACCAAUGUCCCGACGACAAAGAUUCUCCGCUGCAAUGCGGCAAUCUGACCGUUCCGUUGGACUACUCGGGUGAAAUCUCGAACGCAACUGUCCCCUUGGAACUAUUCCGGCUGCCGGCCGCAAACAACCAGUCGAACGGGAGUGUGCUGUUGAACUUCGGGGGACCUGGCGCGAAUGGACGUCUUAAUUUGUUCGCGUAUCGGGAAAUUCUGCCAGCUAUAAUCGGUGGCAACCACGAUCUCAUCGCCGUCGUUCCACGAGGAACUGGAAACAACACCCUCCGCUUCUCAUGCUACAACACCCAGCUUGAAAGAAUAGCCAGCAGUCUUUUAUACCGGACUCGUGCUGGAAACGCUUCGGACACAACGAUCGGCGAACUGUGGGUCAACAGCAAAUUCCAGGCCGACGCGUGCUAUGCGACGCGGAACCGGACCGGCAGCUUUGUCAGUACGGGGUCCACUGCGCGAGACUUGAUGAGCGUCGUGGAUGCCUUGGAUGAGGACGGGAUGUUGCGGUACUGGGGUAUCUCGUACGGAACGGUUCUGGGAUCGACACUGGCGGCCAUGUAUCCGGAUCGGAUCGAUAAGAUGGUUCUUGAUGGUGUUGCCAACGUGCAUGAGUUCUACCAGAACAAAGAAACAGAACUGUUUGCCGACUCCGACAAGGUCUUGCGAGGUUUGUUCGCCGGCUGCGUCGAUGCCUCUGAUCAGUGCCCUCUUGGCAGAAACACCACAGCCGAUGAGCUGGAGGAGCGUUUCUACGCCACACUGGAUAAGAUCAAAUACGCACCCUACCCCGUGACCUUACCGGGUGUAGGCCCGCAGGUAAUCGAUUACACGACAGUCAAAUCGCGCGUCUUCAGCGACCUCUACUCGCCAACCCUCUGGCCCACGACUGCCUCAUUCAUCGACGGUCUGUUGAACGGCAACCAGACGGCCAUCGCCGAGUACCUGACCAUCAAACUCAGCCAACCAUCGGGCAUGGAAGACGAGGCCCAGUUCGGCAUCAAAUGCAGCGAUGCGUUCGGUUCCGGAUCCUCGCCUGAAGAUAUCGCUAGAACCAUCCAGGGACGACACGACGCAAGUCGUUUUGGCGGCGACACUGCGGACAUUGUGCCGAUGAUCUGCGCGCACUGGAAACUGGCCCCGAAGGACCGAUACGACGGGGAUUUCCGAGUGAAGACGAAGACGCCGGUCCUGUUUAUCGGGAACACAUUUGACCCGGUGACGCCGUUGGUGUCGGCCAGGAAUGUCAGCUCGACGUUUGAGGGCAGCGUGGUGCUACAACAUGAUGGAUACGGGCAUGGGAGCUUGGAGCAAGGAUCUGUUUGCACUGUGAGGGCCACCCGGGCAUAUUUCCGCGAUGGCACUCUUCCGGACGCCAACACCAAGUGCGAUGUUUCGACGUCGCUGUACUCAGGGAAGACGGGAUGGGAAAAGGUGUUCGAGGAGUUCGGUACGGGUGAGCAGUAA